AUGCCAGGGAAAUGUAAAUUUAACGAAAACUGGACGACAAAUGUGGCAUAUAAAGACUGGAUAAUGCAAGAUGUUAGUCAACAUCAAGCUCAAUGCCCUGUUUGCCAAAAAUCAUUUGACAUAUCGAAUAUGGGAGAAGCAGCAUUGAAAAGUCAUAUGAAGGGAUCAAAACAUGUGGAACUCAUGCAGAAAAUAACUAAACUAUGCCUAUUACUAAUUUUAUAAAUGUUUAAGAUUAUGGAGAAGCAUCGUCAUCUAAGAAUACCAAUGACUUGAACACAAACACAGCAACCCCCAAAUCGUCUGCAUCAGUGAAGGAUAUGUUAGUCUUGUCAUACUUGUCCAAAGAGGAAACAUUAAUAGCUGAAAUUGUUUGGAUGCUGUACACCAUUGAGUGUCAUCAUUCAUUUCACUCAAAUGAAGGUGUUGCCAAAAUAUUUCAGGUAAUGUUUCCUGACAGUGAAACUGUAAAGAAGUUUACAUGUGGGGAGAAAAAAUCUGCUUAUAUUUGUUCAUUUGGACUAGCCCCCUACUUUGAAAGUAUUUUAAAGGACAAAAUUGAGAAGCAAGAAUCGUUUGUGCUCUUUUUUGAUGAGUCCAUGAAUAUUGCUAUGAAGAACAAACAACUAGAUGUGUGUGUUCGGUUUUGGGACGAGAUACUGGACUCAAAGUUUUUGGGUCAUGGCACAUCAGAAGAAGAGCGGGGACUCUGA